UCGGGUCCACCACAUGGUUGCUCCCUUGCCGGGAGCAACGUUUUAGUGGGUUUCCUACCCGCCCACAAUUAUUAGCUCCAAAUCUAUUUUAGUUUUAUUUGUUGCACAUUAUUUCUAGCUGAGGUUUUGCCCUUUUCACUUCCACAUUUUUUCACAGUCGUGAGCCUGUCCUGCGGCACCUCGUGGACUACGGGAGCCUGCGUCUCAGUGGACGCGUAGCCUUCGGUGAAUAACCUGCCCCAGGUCCACCCUCUGCGCUCGCCCCUUCCCGCUUCGCGGCGAGAAAUCCUGCGUCGGCCGGGAAAGGGCGGUGCAGCCCGGAGCGCCAGCGCCAGCGCCAGCGCCAGCCGGCCUCGCUUCAUUUGCCGAAACUUGCUCUCUGCCCGUUUAGAGCCAUGCUCCGGGUAAUUGUGGAAUCUGCCAGCAACAUCCCUAAAACGAAAUUUGGGAAACCGGAUCCUAUCGUUUCUGUGAUUUUUAAGGAUGAGAAAAAGAAAACCAAGAAAGUUGAUAAUGAACUAAAUCCUGUCUGGAAUGAGAUUUUGGAGUUUGACUUGAGGGGUAUCCCACUGGACUUUUCAUCUUCCCUUGGGAUCAUCGUGAAAGACUUCGAGACAAUUGGACAGAAUAAACUGAUUGGCACUGCGACUAUCUCCCUGAAGGACCUGAUUGGCGACCAGAGCAGAUCCCUGCCCUACAAACUGAUCUCCCUGCUGAACGACAAGUUUUUUUUUCUGCUGAACGAAAAGGGGCAAGAGACCGGGGCUACCAUUGACUUGGUGGUCGGCUAUGACCCACCUUCAGUUCCACAUCCAAAUGACCCAAGUGCGACCAGCGUGCCAGGCAUGGGAGGAGAAGAGGAAGAAGAUGGAGGUGAGGAAGACAGACUGGAUGGAACCGUCCGGAGCCCUGGGACCAGGGGGCCGGUGGGGACAGUGUCAGAGGCUCAGCUGGCACGGAGGCUCACCAAGGGGAAGAACAGCCGGCGGAUGCUGUCCAACAAGCCACAGGACUUCCAGAUCCGGGUCCGAGUGAUUGAGGGCCGACAGCUCAGUGGCAACAACAUACGGCCUGUGGUCAAAGUCCACAUCUGUGGCCAGACACACCGAACGAGAAUCAAGAGAGGGAACAAUCCAUUUUUUGACGAGUUGUUCUUCUACAAUGUGCACAUGACCCCUUCUGAACUCAUGGAUGAGAUCAUCAGCAUCCGGGUCUAUAAUUCCCAUUCUUUGCGGGCAGAUUGUCUGAUGGGGGAAUUUAAGAUCGACGUUGGAUUCAUUUAUGAUGAACCUGGUCAUGCUGUCAUGAGAAAAUGGCUUCUUCUCAAUGACCCUGAGGAUGCCAGCUCUGGUGCUAAAGGUUACAUGAAAGUCAGCAUGUUUGUCUUGGGAACUGGAGAUGAGCCUCCUCCUGAGAGACAAGAUCGCGACGUCGACAGCGAUGACGUGGAGAGCAACUUGUUACUGCCCGCUGGCAUUGCCCUCCGGUGGGUCACCUUCUUGCUGAAAAUCUACCGAGCUGAGGAUAUCCCCCAGAUGGAUGAUGCCUUCUCACAGACAGUAAAGGAAAUAUUUGGUGGCAACGCAGACAAGAAAAACCUCGUGGAUCCUUUUGUAGAAGUUUCCUUUGCUGGAAAGAAGGUUUGCACAAAUAUAAUUGAAAAAAAUGCUAAUCCUGAGUGGAAUCAAGUCGUCAACCUUCAGAUCAAGUUUCCUUCAAUGUGUGAAAAAAUAAAAUUAACAGUAUAUGACUGGGACCGUCUUACCAAAAAUGAUGUGGUAGGAACAACAUAUCUAUACCUUUCUAAAAUUGCUGCUUCUGGUGGGGAAGUAGAAGAUUUCUCAUCUUCGGGAACUGGGGCUGCGUCAUAUACAGCAAAUACGGGAGAAACAGAGGUGGGCUUCGUUCCAACAUUUGGACCUUGUUAUCUGAACCUGUAUGGAAGUCCCAGAGAGUACACGGGGUUCCCAGACCCCUACGAUGAACUAAAUACUGGUAAGGGGGAAGGAGUUGCCUACAGAGGCAGGAUCUUGGUUGAAUUAAGCACUCUUCUUGAAAAGACACCACCAGAUAAGAAGCUUGAGCCCAUCUCAAAUGAUGACCUGCUGGUGGUUGAGAAGUACCAGCGGAGACGGAAGUACUGUCUGUCCGCCGUGUUCCACUCGGCCACCAUGUUGCAAGAUGUUGGAGAGGCCAUUCAGUUCGAGGUCAGCAUUGGGAACUAUGGCAACAAGUUUGACACAACCUGCAAGCCUUUGGCAUCAACGACUCAAUACAGCCGUGCCGUAUUUGACGGGAACUACUAUUAUUACUUGCCUUGGGCUCACGUAAAGCCAGUUGUCACCCUGACUUCAUACUGGGAGGACAUUAGUCAUCGCCUGGAUGCGGUGAACACGCUCCUGGUCAUGGCAGAACGACUGCAAUCAAAUGUAGAAGCACUAAAAUCAGGGAUACAAGGUAAAAUUCCUGCAAACCAGCUGGCCGAAUUGUGGUUGAAACUGAUAGACGAAGUUAUAGAAGACACAAGUUACACAUUGCCACUCACAGAAGGAAAGCCCAAUGUCACAAUCCUUGAUACUCAGAUCCGAAAGCUGCGAUCCAGAUCGCUCUCCCAGAUCCAUGAGGCGGCCGUGAAGAUGCGCUCUGAAGCCACAGAUGUGAAGUCCACCCUGGUGGAAAUUGAGGACUGGCUUGAUAGGUUGAUGCAGCUAACUGAAGAGCCUCAGAACAGUAUGCCUGACAUUAUCAUCUGGAUGAUCCGGGGAGAGAAGAGACUGGCCUACGCACGGAUUCCUGCGCAUCAGGUCUUGUACUCCACCAGCGGUGAGAACGCGUCUGGGAAGUACUGCGGGAAAACCCAGACCAUCCUCCUGAAGUAUCCGCAGGAGAAAAACAAUGGGCCCAAGGUGCCUGUGAAAUUGCGAGUGAACGUGUGGCUGGGCCUGAGUGCUGUCGAGAAGAAGUUCAACAGCUUUGCAGAAGGAACCUUCACCGUCUUUGCUGAGAUGUAUGAAAAUCAAGCUCUCAUGUUUGGAAAAUGGGGCACUUCUGGAUUAGUGGGACGUCAUAAAUUUUCUGACGUCACAGGAAAAAUAAAGCUCAAGAGAGAAUUCUUUUUGCCCCCAAAAGGCUGGGAAUGGGAAGGAGAGUGGAUAGUUGAUCCUGAAAGAAGCUUGCUGACUGAGGCCGACGCCGGCCACACGGAGUUCACCGACGAGGUCUAUCAGAACGAGAGUCGCUACCCGGGGGGCGACUGGAAGCCAGCCGAGGACACCUACACCGACGCGAAUGGUGAUAAGGCAGCAUCACCCAGCGAGCUGACCUGUCCCCCAGGUUGGGAAUGGGAAGAUGACGCCUGGAUAUAUGACAUCAAUCGAGCGGUGGAUGAGAGAGGCUGGGAGUAUGGAAUUACCAUCCCUCCUGAUAACAAGCCCAAAUCCUGGGUCGCAGCAGAGAAAAUGUAUCACACUCACAGACGGCGGAGACUGAUCCGAAAACGCAAGAAGGAUUUAACACAGACAGCUUCAAGUACGGCGAAGGCCAUGAAAGAAUUUGAAGACAAGGAGGGCUGGGAAUAUGCAUCUUUAAUUGGCUGGAAGUUUCACUGGAAACAGCGCAGUUCAGACACCUUUCGCCGCAGACGCUGGAGGAGGAAAAUGGCUCCAGCAGAAACGCACGGGGCAGCUGCCAUCUUUAAACUCGAAGGCGCCCUUGGAGCAGACACUACCGAGGAUGGAGAUGAAAAGAGCUCUGACAGGCAGAAGCACAGCGCCACCUCCGUGUUUGGGGCAAACACUCCCAUCGUCUCCUGUCACUUCGACAGUAUCCACGUCUACCAUCUGCGCUGCUACAUCUAUCAGGCCAGGAACCUCAUGGCGUUAGACAAGGAUAGCUUCUCAGACCCCUAUGCUCAUGUCUCCUUUCUCCAUCGAAGUAAAACCACUGAGAUCAUCCACUCAACCCUGAAUCCCACCUGGGACCAAACAAUUAUAUUUGAUGAAGUUGAAAUCUACGGGGAACCUCAAGCCGUUCUACAGAACCCACCCAAAGUUAUCAUGGAACUUUUUGACAAUGACCAAGUGGGCAAAGAUGAGUUUUUGGGACGGAGCAUUUGCCCUCCUCUGGUGAAACUAAACUCAGAAAUGGACAUCACACCCAAACUUCUCUGGUACCCAGUGAUGAAUGGGGACAAGGCCUGUGGGGAUGUCCUGGUAACCGCAGAGCUGAUUCUGAGGGACAAGGAUGGUUCCAACCUCCCCAUUCUCCCCUCUCAGAGGGCACCGAAUCUGUACAUGGUCCCCCAGGGGAUCAGGCCUGUGGUCCAGCUGACUGCCAUUGAGAUUCUCGCUUGGGGAUUGAGAAAUAUGAAAAACUACCAGAUGGCUGCUGUCACCUCCCCCAGCCUCAUCGUGGAGUGUGGAGGGGAAAGGGUCGAAUCAGUGGUGAUCAAAAACCUUAAGAAGACACCUAACUUUCCAAGUUCUGUCCUCUUCAUGAAAGUGUUCUUGCCCAAGGAGGAAUUGUACAUGCCGCCUCUGGUGAUCAAAGUCAUCGACCACAGGCAGUUUGGGAGGAAGCCUGUCGUGGGCCAGUGCACCAUCGACCGCCUGGACCGCUUUCGCUGCGACCCCUAUGCAGGAAAGGAGGAUAUUGUGCCCCAGCUGAAAGCCUCCCUUCUAUCUGCCCCACCCUUGCGGGAUGUCGUUAUUGAUAUAGAAGACACCAAGCCAUUGCUGGCUUCUAAGCUGACAGAGAAGGAAGAAGAAAUCGUUGAUUGGUGGAGUAAAUUUUAUGCUUCCUCGGGGGAACAUGAAAAAUGUGGACAAUACAUUCAAAAAGGCUACUCCAAACUCAAGAUAUACAACUGUGAACUAGAGGAUGUACCAGAAUUUGAGGGCCUGACAGACUUCUCAGAUACUUUCAAGUUGUACCGAGGCAAAUCAGAUGAGAAUGAAGAUCCUUCUGUGGUAGGAGAGUUUAAGGGCUCCUUUCGAAUUUACCUUCUGCCGGAUGACCCCAGCGUGCCUGCCCCGCCCAGGCAGUUUCGGGAAUUACCUGACAGCAUCCCACAGGAAUGCACGGUUAGGAUUUACAUUGUUCGAGGCUUACAACUCCAGCCCCAGGACAACAAUGGCCUGUGUGACCCUUACAUAAAAAUAACGCUGGGCAAAAAAGUGAUUGAAGAUCGAGACCACUACAUUCCCAACACCCUCAACCCAGUUUUCGGCAGAAUGUAUGAACUGAGCUGCUACUUACCGCAAGAAAAAGACCUGAAAAUUUCUGUCUACGAUUAUGACACCUUCACCCGCGAUGAAAAAGUAGGAGAAACGAUUAUUGAUCUGGAAAACCGAUUCCUUUCCCGGUUUGGGUCCCACUGCGGCAUCCCCGAGCAGUACUGUGUCUCUGGAGUAAAUGCCUGGCGAGAUCAACUGAAACCGACACAGCUGCUUCACAAUGUAGCCAGAUUCAAAGGCUUCCCGCCACCCAUCCUUUCUGAAGACGGAAGCAGGAUCAGAUACGGAGGACGAGACUACACUUUGGAUGAAUUUGAAGCCAACAAAAUCCUACACCAGCACCUUGGGGCCCCCGAAGAACGUCUCGCCCUUCAUAUCCUCAGGACUCAGGGGCUGGUCCCCGAGCACGUGGAAACGAGGACUUUGCACAGCACCUUCCAGCCCAAUAUUUCCCAGGGGAAACUUCAGAUGUGGGUUGAUGUUUUCCCCAAGAGUUUGGGGCCACCGGGCCCUCCUUUCAACAUCACACCCCGGAAAGCCAAGAAGUACUACCUGCGCGUGAUUAUCUGGAACACCAAGGACGUCAUCCUGGAUGAGAAAAGCAUCACAGGAGAAGAAAUGAGUGACAUCUAUGUCAAAGGCUGGAUUCCUGGCAAUGAAGAAAACAAACAGAAAACAGAUGUCCAUUACAGGUCCUUGGAUGGUGAAGGGAAUUUCAACUGGAGAUUCGUUUUCCCAUUUGACUACCUCCCAGCCGAGCAACUCUGUAUCGUUGCUAAAAAAGAGCAUUUCUGGAGCAUUGACCAAACGGAAUUCCGAGUCCCACCCAGACUGAUCAUUCAGAUAUGGGACAAUGACAAGUUUUCUCUGGAUGACUACUUGGGUUUCCUGGAACUAGAUUUGCAUCGCACAAUCGUGCCAGCAAAAUCAUCGGAGAAAUGCAACUUGGACAUGAUUCCGGACCUCAAAGCCAUGGACCCCCUGAAAGCUAAGACCGUCUCGCUCUUUGAACAGAAGUCCAUGAAAGGAUGGUGGCCAUGCUACACAGAUAAAGAUGGCUCCCGCGUGAUGGCUGGGAAAGUGGAGAUGACAUUGGAGGUCGUCAAUGAGAAGGAGGCCGACGAGAGGCCAGCCGGGAAGGGACGAGAUGAACCCAACAUGAACCCCAAGUUGGACCCCCCAAACCGGCCGGAAACCUCCUUCCUCUGGUUCACCAACCCGUGUAAGACCAUGAGGUUCAUCGUGUGGCGCCGGUUCAAGUGGCUCAUCAUCGGCCUGCUCAUCCUGCUCAUCCUGCUGCUCUUCCUGGCUGUGCUGCUCUACUCCUUGCCGAACUAUUUGUCAAUGAAGAUCGUGAGGCCGAACGCAUAAUGAAAGCAAAGGCUUCUGGAGGUGAGGGCACUGGAUCCAGCACGGCUCACUGCACAGUCCAAUCCCAGAGCGGCAGCUUGGACAUCACACCGGGCACGUGGAUGUGCCCAAAGUCCUGGAAGGAGCACGGAGGAGAAGGGACGGCAGGAUGGCCGUUCCCCCGGAGGGUGCUCUCACUUCCUUUACUCUCUCUCCCUCCCUUUCUGGUGAGCGCGUGUGCCCUUUAAUGUCCAAACAAACAAAAGCGAAGGCCUAUUUCAAGAGUCGUCCUACCUGCCCGUGUCCAUGGACCAAAAGCCGGUGUGACCGUGGUGUGUGUCUGAGCGGCAGCCCAGGCACCGAGGCCCGUCGGAGCCCAGAUAGUCUUGAUCCUGAGAAGCCAACAAACAUUUUUAUCUUGUUACUUUGUGAAGUAUUAAAAGUUUUAUUGUCUAAAGUUUUAA